GGGCGCUGGCGGGAGUCGCGUUUCACGGCUCGUGGGACGAACACGGUUGCCGCGUCCGUUUUCUCUUCCGCCGUUCAGUGUACCUACCUACGCGCCGGGUUUCAAUCGUUUUCGCGAAAUGUUACGAAAACCGUUCGCGCACAGCCGACGGCCGAUCACCGCAAUAAUAUCCCAACCGUUUCGUAAGCGGCGUGCGACCGAGUAAUGUACGUGUUUACGGUGCAGAAACGAUAAAUGGUAAUUCGUUUCGGUGAACGCAACAGUCGAACGGUUCAGCUGGCGGCGUGGUGACGGACGAUCUCUGGUACGAAACCCGUCACGGUCCGGUCGGCAUCGUAGUUUUCUACCACACGGUGAAUAAUACAGAUCAUUAUGGGUCACGGUAAUUCUAGUACGUAUCCGUGGGGGCCAGAAGACAUAUGCCCAGGUGGAUUAGUUUUACCGAUUUUAGACGAACGAUUAUGGCCAUUCAAAAUACGUGUAGUUGUUUAUCUAUUUACACUGCUAUACUUCCUCUUGGGGAUAUCUAUAGUAGCUGAUGUAUUCAUGACUGCUAUUGACAAAAUCACCAGCCAUACAAAAAAGAUUUAUUUAGCUAAUGAACUCUCAGAAAAUGGUUCAGACAUUUCCCUUCGACCGGACCAACCCGAAAUAAUAGAAGUACGUGUAUGGAAUCCUACACUAGCAAAUCUUACAUUAAUGGCUUUAGGCACAUCAUCACCUGAGAUUCUUUUGUCAAUUAUUGAAACGGUGGGCCAUCAUUUCGAAGCUAGAAACCUGGGACCAAAUAUUAUUGUUGGAUCAGCUGCUUUCAAUUUGUUAAUUAUAACUAGUUUAUGUACACUAACAUUAGGUUUAAAUGAAAAGAGAAGAAUACAUGACUUGAAAGUAUUUUUGGUGAUUGGUGCUUUUAGUUUUUUCGCUUAUAUUUGGCUUUUUUUAAUUAUUGAAGUUAUUUCACCAAAUAUCAUUGAACUAUGGGAAGCAGCAGCGACAUUCAUGUUGUUUCCGAUUCUCGUAUUUUUCGCUUACGCUACCGACAGAAAUUGGUGUGGAAAAAAUAUCGAACAUAAUAAACACCAAAUAGAUCUCGUCUCAAUUGAAGAUCAAAAUGGAACAAAAAAACAACAAAUGUUUAAUAACGGAAAAAUCGACAAGGAAAAUUUGAUUGAAUUCGUAAAAAGCGUAAAAAAAUACCCAGGAAUAACUGAUGCAGAUGCAGCAAAAUUAGCAGCUACCAAGUUAAUCAAUUCAAUGCACCAUGGAGCCAUGUGGUAUCGUAUUGGAGCAGUAAGACAUAUAACUGGUGGAAAGCAAAUACAACCGGUUCUAGAAGACCAUCUUAAACAAGUUUAUGAUGUGAUAAAAAAAAAUAAACAGAAUUAUAUAGAUGGAGAUAUGUCGAAUGUCCCGUUUGAAAAUAAAGAAAACAAAUAUGCAAUAGUAGAGUUCCAUACUCCUACCGUUGCAAUAAGAGAAAACAUUGGAAAAUUCCCUGUUACAAUAUGGCGACAUGGAAAUUUAAAUACUAAAGCAAUUGUUAGAAUAGAAAGUAUUAAUGGAACUGCUAAAGAAGGAGAAGAUUAUGUAAAAGUAAAAGAAAUUGUUGAAUUUCAAGAAAACGAAGAAGAAAAAGAUAUUUUUAUCGAGAUACUCGAUGACAAUAAAUGGGAACCUGAUGAAGAAUUCUUUCUUAGAAUGUCUGUGGUUCAUCAUAAAGAAUUGUUGGUAAAACUUGGUAGUAUUUCAAUUAUGGAAGUGACAAUAAUCGAUAACGAUGAACCCGGUAUUAUAAGUUUUGGUAAAAGAGGAUUAUUAGUAAAAGAGAGUGCUGGGUUCGUUGAAAUACCUGUAGUUCGAACCCAUGGGUCUGAUAGUGAAGUCAGUGUUAAAUGGAAAACUAUUGAUGAAUCGGCAAUUUCGGGACGAGAUUAUAUAGGUGGUGAAGGAGAAAUUAUUUUCAAAGAUAAAGAGGUGGCUAAAUUGUUUCGAAUUGAAAUUAUCAACGAUAUGUGUCCUGAGAAAGACGAAUGUUUUGAGAUCAAAUUAUUUGGACCUACGGGCGGUGCUAAAAUUGGAAAUGUGAAUAGGAUAGCUGUCACGAUCAGCAAUGAUGAUGACUUCGAUUCCGUAGUUGAUCGUUUAAUGUUGUUAACGAACAUUAACAUUCAUGCUAUUGAAUUGCACCGACUAACUUGGGCGGAACAGAUUAAAACGGCAAUGACAGUAAACGGAGGCGAUUUAGACAAUGCGACCACAUACACUUACAUACUUCACUUCUUUUCAUUCUUUUGGAAAGUUUUAUUCGCUUUUAUACCACCAGCAGCUAUGUUUUCCGGCUGGCUGAGGUUUAUCACAUCGUUAACUUUAAUAGGAGUCAUGGCUACGGUAGUCGGUGAUUUAGCCACAAUUUUCGGUUGCUUGAUUGGGUUGGAUGACACCGUGACGGCAAUAACUAUAGUAGCGCUCGGUAUGUCUCUGCCAGACAUUUUGGGUGCAUGUAUGGUUACCCGAGCUGAAACCCACGCAGACGAAGCUAUGAUACAUAUUGCUGGUUCAAUCGCAGUCAAAGUAUUAAUGGGCGUCGGGCUUCCGUGGUUUAUUGCUGCUUUAUAUCACUAUUUACAUGAAGAUUUGUUUAUCGUUCCGUCAAAUGGUAUUGGUUUUAAUGUUCUUUUAUACUCUAUCAUGACUAUUUUGGCAGUGACUGUAUUAAUGAUUCGAAGAAAUGUUGAGUUUUUUGGAAAAGCUGAAUUGGGUGGGCCGCAGAAAGGAAGAUAUAUUACAGUAGCCAUAUUAAUCUCUCUGUGGGUAAUUUAUUUGUUGCUCACUUGUUUCCAAACGUUGUGAAUUUCAGUUUCAAAAUGUUUCAAUGUCCAAAUAUUCUCAUCAGACAUUAAUUCUUAUUGAAUUUUUCUUUUAUUUUUAUUGUGUAAUUAAUUUAUAAUUAUAAUUU